AUGGUGUUUGAGCUGCGUUCAGACUCUGCUGAAGUAAUCGAGCUGUUGCUGGAGAGUGAAGACGGCGUGGGAGAAGCCGUCCUCUCAGAUUACGACAGCGCCGACCCCGAGGACAACGGCUCGCACUCAGAGGGAGUGGAGGAGGAAGAGGAAGCAGAGCAGUACAGCGACGAGGAAGCUCCAGCAGCAGCCGGCGAGCCCCGCCCCCCCACUACAGACGGGCCUGUGGAGGGAGCGCAGGGGGAGGAGGAGGAGGGCGGAGAAGCUGAGGAGGAAGAAGAGGCCGGAGGGCGGAGCAAAGAGGAGAGCAAAGCAGAGGAGAAGGGAAACCUCGCAGGAGAGCGACAGAGCGGCGACGGACAGGAGUCGACGGACGACCCGGAGACGAAGGCGGGGGGCAAACCGGGCCAGCAGCUGGACGACGACGAGGACAGGAAGAACCCGGCGUACAUCCCGAGGAAGGGUCUGUUCUUCGAACACGACGUCAGAGGGCACGCUCAGGAGGAGGAGAGAGGGGGGCGAGGAGGAAGGGCGCCCUCUGUGGUCAUUGAGGACAUUACAGUCAGUCAGGGAGGGGCCACGGAGCAGGACGUUGGCGCCGUAACGCCGGCAGCGUCGCCUCAGCCGGGCGGUUACCAGUCCGCUUCGCCGAGACGCCAGCAGGAGCAGCGAGGCGGCACGGACAGAUCUGCAUCAGGAUUGGCCGCUUCCUCUUCCGGCUCCGACCCCUCCCUUCAGUCGGCAGCGGCGACCAAUCGGGAAGCUUCGCCUCCCGCCGAGCGGCCGGUGGAGCGCAAGUCUUACUCGCUGGCUCGCAGGACUCGCUCGCGUCCCGCAGACCUGGGCAGUAAACAGGCGUCUGUGGAGGAGUCCGUUGCCGGGGGCAACACCUCUUCUCCCAGCAACGUGGGGGGAAAGAGCUGGUCGGGCGGAGGCGACGCACCGAGCCAGGCGGGAGGAGGCGUGACGGAGCUGGACCAGGACGUGGCGCGGCUCAAUCUGGCGAGGCAGAGCUGGAGCCCGACCUCGUACAUGCGCUCGGAGAUGAGAGGCCUUCCCAACCCCCUGCACAUGCCCGGCGCCCCGCCGCAGUUCUCCAGCAUCGAGGAGAUGGGUGUCGGCAACAACCGGGCUAAACGCUACUCCUCCCAGCGACAGAGAGCCGUGCCCGAGCCGGCGCCGCCCAUGCACCUGGGAGUGAUGGAGGGACACUACUAUGAGCCCAUGUCGUACCAGGGACCAAUCUAUGCCCACGGGGAUAGCCCCGCCCCCAUGCCGCCACAGGGCAUGCUGGUGCAGCCUGAGAUGCACAUCCCGCAUCCUGAACCGUCUCACACGUGCGACACAGGCGUGCGCGACACAGGCGUGCGCGACACAGGCGUGCGCGACACAGGCGUGUGA